ACGCAGAUCCACUACCUGCGCAACAGAACAACCAAGAUGAUCCUCUUGGAAACAGCAGUACGCGCGACGUAGACGUCUCUCUAUUGCGGGAGGUGGAGGGGUUAUUGGAUGCCAAUAGGAGUCGAAUUGAGGAAAUCCUGGAUGAAAGCAAAGGCGAUUUGAAUGACUUAUGACAGGAUUUUAGUUCAAGUCCACAGUGAAUUUCCGAAGAAAAUUUACAGAGCUCUGCAAGUUGGCAUGACAAGACUUUUGUGAGUUGACAAUUUCGAACAGGUCAAGAUGAAUAGUAAAUUGCGGUAUCAGUCGUUUUUCUGAAAAACCCGCCGCGUCUCCUCUUUCAUUCUUCGGGCAAGGUUGGGGUCUCAAGGAUGGCGUCGUCGUCCGAAAGCCUCAGCAAUAUGUCCAAACCGCCACAUCGAAGGCUACAACAUCUUCAAUAGUUACAAAUCGACAG